AUGGCGCUAACGGCGGCUCGAGCCGCUUGCCUGCGCGUCGAUGCGCUUCCCCACGUGCUGCUCCUGGUCUCGCAGUACUUGGACGCAUCGGCGCAGUGGUCCCUGCCUCGUGCCGCCCAGCGGGGCUUCGUUCACCUGGUGCGGCGGCUGCUGGCUCGAACCCCUCGCUCCCUCGCCACGCUGGCCGAGAUCCGCCUUGCAAUGCGCCACGCAGCGGCCAACAACCACCUGAACAUACUGCAGUUACUAUGCAAAUACUACAACAAUGCUGUGAUUGACGAGGCAGCAGUGAUGGAGGCGAGUGCCAAUGGCCACGUGCAAGUGUUGCAAUGGCUUCAACGUCAACUUGAGAGUCUGUUGCCUGGGUACGCAGACUACGACUUUUACAGUGUGAAGAGCGUGGCUGCAGCCGCGGAGAACGGACACUUGGAGGCGGUUAAGUGGCUGUUGCAAGCUCGAGGCGCUGUGAAAUGUAUGAAGGAGACGCACCUGCACCAAGCCGCCGCGAGAGGAGGCCACUUGGAGGUCGUCAGAUGGCUACGCACCCAUUUGAUGGAGCAGGUCGAGUCUCGAGCUUUGGACGAAGCUGCAGCAAAUGGGUUCGUGGAGGUGGUCGAGUUCCUGCAUCAAGAGUGGACGGCGGCGAAGCUGGAGAGCAAUCGCGGCAGUUGCAGCGCCACGGCGAGAGCGAUGAACGGCGCGGCGAGCAAUGGACACUUGGGCAUGGUGAAAUGGCUAGAUGAGGACCGCGAUGAUGGAUGCACUGGUGAUGCCAUGAACCGAGCAGCUUGGAACGGGCACUUGGAAGUUGUGAAAUGGCUACAUGAACAUCGAACCGAAGGAUGCACGCAGCAAGCGAUGAACAUGGCUGCGAAAGGCGGACACUUGGAGAUUGUGCAGUUCCUCCAUGAGCAGCGGAGAGAAGGUUGCACGUACAACGCGAUGGACUGGGCGGCGCAUGAGAAUCACCUCGAAAUUGUACAAUGGCUGCACGCGAACCGGACUGAAGGGUGCUCGCGUCUCACCAUGAAUGAAGUUGCUAAGCGUGGACAUUUGGAGAUGAUCAAGUGGUUGCACGCCAAUCGCACUGAAGGCUGCACUGUUGCUGCGUUGAACGCCGCGGCGACAUACGGCCACCUCGAUAUUGUGAAGUUUCUGCAUCAAAAUCGGUCCGAGGGCUGCACCACCGCAGCUAUGGAUGGCGCGGCGGAGAAUAAUCACUUGGCGAUUGUCCAGUGGCUUCAUCUACACCGUAGUGAAGGCUGCACGACACGCGCGAUGGAUAUGGCAGCACGGGAUUUCCCAAUGCUGAAAUGGCUCCACUCCAUUUACAGCGACGAUGCUGAGGAAUGGCCGAUACAUGCAGGGCUUGCGGCGAUUACGAACGAUCGCGUGGAAGUACUGCAUUGGGUACUGAAAACCUUCAGAGGUUCUGCACAGUUGGACCUGAGACUUCUCUACAAUGCUGCGCAUUACCACAACCGGGCGCAUAUGCUGGCGUACCUCGACGGCAAAUGGGCAAUUGAAUUCUCGUGA